UUUCUGGUACUACCACCGCUGAUGGAGUGGAUCCGGGUGGCAGUCGCCCACACUGAGCAUCGACGAAGCUUUUCUGUGGACAGCGAUGAUGUGAGGCAGGCCGCCAGGCUGCUGCUCCCCGGUGUGGACUGUGAACCUCGACAAAUAAAAGCGGAGGAUUGUUUCUGUGCAACCAGAAAGCUGGAUGCAGCCUCCACAGAGGCCAAGUUCCUGCAGGAUCUGGGCUUCAGGAUGCUCAACUGCGGACGGACGGACCUGGUCAAGCAGGCCGUGAACCUGCUAGGACCUGAUGGCAUUAACAGCAUGAGCGAACAGGGAAUGACCCCACUCAUGUACGCCUGCGUCCGCGGUGAUGAGGCCAUGGUCCAGAUGCUGCUCGACGCCGGAGCCGACAUCAACAGCGAGGUGCCAAGCACAGUAAACAAGCACCCCUCAGUUUAUCCUGAAACGCGCCAGGGGACGCCACUCACUUUCGCCGUGUUACACGGACACGUCCCUGUCGUGCAGUUGUUGCUGGAUAAUAGAGCGAAUGUGGAGGGCGCCCUGCAGGAUGGGACGGAGAACUACACAGAGACCCCACUUCAGCUGGCCUCCGCUGCAGGUAACUUUGAGUUGGUGAGUUUGCUAUUGGAAAGAGGGGCCGACCCCAUGAUCGGGACCAUGUGUCGAAACGGCAUCUCCUCGGCCCCGCUGGGAGACAUGAACUCAUACACUUUGGCAGCAGCACAUGGCCACAGGAAUGUAUUUCGAAAGCUUCUGGCCCAGUCGGAGAAGGAGAAGGGGGAUGUGUUGUCCCUGGAGGAGAUCUUAGCCGAGGGUUCGGAUCCCGGGGAGAAGAGGUUGGCACUGCAGGCCAACGGCGGAGGGACCCUGCGAACAGGAAAGGCCAAACUGAGGGCCCUGAGAGAGGCCAUGUACCAUAGCGCAGAGCACGGCCAUGUGGACAUCACCAUAGACAUCCGCAGCUUAGGCGUUCCCUGGACGCUGCACACCUGGUUCGAGUCCCUGCGCACCUGCUUCAUCCAGCACCGCCGGCCGCUGAUCCAGGGCCUGCUCAAAGACUUCAGUUGCAUCCAGGAAGAGGAGUACACAGAGGAGCUCAUCACACACGGCCUGCCUCUCAUGUUCCAGAUCCUCCGAGCCAGCAAGAAUGAGGUAAUAAGCCAGCAGCUGUCAGUCAUUUUCACGCAGUGCUAUGGGCCCUUCCCCAUCCCUAAGCUGACAGAGAUCAAGAAGAAACAGACCUCCCGCUUAGAUCCCCACUUCCUUAACAACAAGGAUAUGUCCGAUGUUACUUUCCUGGUGGAGGGGAAACCGUUUUAUGCACAUAAAGUUUUGCUGUUUACAGCUUCACCCAGGUUCAAGUCACUGCUCCAGAACCGACCAGCAGCAGAGAACACCUGCAUUGAGAUCAGCCAUGUCAAGUACAAUAUUUUCCAUUUGGUCAUGCAGUAUCUGUACUGUGGAGGCACUGAGUCUUUGCACAUACGCAACACUGAAGUUAUGGAGCUCCUGUCUGCCUCCAAAUUCUUCCAACUAGAGGCCCUUCAGAGACACUGUGAGAUCAUCUGCUCCAAGAACAUUACGACGGAAACCUGUGUGGACCUGUACAAACACGCCAAGUUCCUUGGUGCCACGGAGCUUACGGCUUUCAUCGAGGGCUAUUUCCUGAAGAACAUGGUGCUGCUAAUUGAACUCGACAGCUUCAAGCAGCUGUUGUACGAACCUCCUCCCGCCGAGAGCCCCAUGUCCAGCUUGUCCAGCCCCGGCAUCUGCACCGACAUCCUCCUCGACCUGGAGAACACUCUGGCCACACGCAUCCGCUCCAUCCACCUCUCCACCUCCAAGGGCUCUGUGGUGUGACAUUGUCCACUCCGAAGCCCUCCGAUCCAGGCACAGCAUUCAUGUAACACCACUUUUAACGACCAGUGCCAUGCUACACAGCCCCAUCCACCUGCCCUGGCCCCACUGCCGAGGAUGGGCUGUCGGAUGUUUUUAUGUCAGGGAUUCCCUUUAAUUCUGCCUGUUGCAGCCCCCUCGAGAAGUUAAUGUUGGCAUACAUGACAAAAUCAGAGAGAACUUUCUCGCCUUGUCAGAGGCUUGAACUCUGGUGUCCCAAUGGCUCCCACCGAUCACUUCACACCCCUACAUUAAGAAAAAAUAAACAGAACUGACCCUGCAGUAUCACUUAGACCUAAUCGUGAUUUUGAAACUUAUUGUAUUUCAUAUAGGAUACAUGCAUGAAAUACAUUCUGUACGCCUUUUUCGCUUAAAAGGGUAGAGUAGAAUUUUAACUCAAUAAAAGCAGCUUUCUCAUCAUCUCUGAUAUGAGACUUUGGUUUACAAACAACAUCAAUUUAUGGAAGUGGAUGCCAUUGCAGUAUAAAGUUUGACACCAAACGCCAAAAUAUAAUCUAACUUUACAACCAAUAAAGUGACUAGUAGCAAUGCCACGAGACAGACUAUAGGUGGACUUGUUUGAACUUAUUUACAUUUCAUUCUGUCACUUCUAUGUUGGAUACGUUUCACUGUGUUAUAUCUACUCUGUGCAGAGGCCAAACUGAUCACACGAACUUCCACCGUGGCUGACACUGCAACACUGAUUAAACUGAAGACGGCCCAUGGGCAGUGAAAUCUAUGCUGACGUAUGCUUGAAACAUGGAUGUCCAACUGGGAAAUUAACUUGUGAUAACUCCACGAACACUGUCGACUUUUUUGCAUGACACCUACUCAACUGAGCUGCCCUGAUAUUGCUUUUUAUGCAGAGCUUACUUCACGAACCACUUUCGCAAAAGGGGAAGUAAGGGAAAACGCUGCUUAUUAACUUUCCAUCCACUGCAAAACAGACUGAGUGCGAUAGGAUUGAAGAUGGAUUUCGAUUGGCAGGGACUUUCUCUUUAAAGCUAUUUAAAGCAAAGUGUAAAUAUGUCCUUAAAGUCAUUGUGCUGGUCGUUUCUUUCCUUUCUUUUUUGUAAACUGCUGUACAGUAUCCUCCUACACUCGCUUGGCUGAUAACACCAGUCUCAUUGAAUGUGCUCCCUGAACAGUUUAUUCCUGCUGUAUGUGUCUGUUUAUGCAAAAGUUGCAUGUUUAAUCUGUUUGAAUCCUCCAUUCCGCUUUAGGUGUGCUUUCUGUGUAGAUCGGUAGGGCUGAGUAGGGUGUUGAUUGUUCCAAUCAAAGUACGUUCCCGUCAUUUAUUUUGCUAUUUCUGAUACAUUCCGAAUGAUCAUGAGAUGCAUUUUAAAGUCACUUUCUGUUUUUGGCUUUACCUCAGCUGAAUUUCUCAAUAACGUAAUUUCUGUGAAGGUGUGUCAACAGAGUUUAUUAGAGACACAACAAUGUGAAUUGUGACUUACAAAGUCAACCACCUCUGAGUGGACAUGCUAAAACAGCGGAUAUAUCACAAAAAAUGUUUUACAGUUGGUUGAGGUGAAAAAGUUGUUUGAUAACAAUCAAUAAAAACAGACUUGGGCACAUGACUUAAACGUCUACUCAAGCUUCCACCAAGCAAACAAAAAGGGCAGCAGAUGAAAAAAUCAGAUCUGUGUGUACCAUGAGGAGACAUUCCUCAAAGCAAUACACAAAACAAACAAAUGCCAUGUUUUCUAAAUUUUGAGGUUGAAGCUAAAGUUUGCGGUGCUCAAAACACAAUCUGCAGUUUAAAUUAAUCAUUUUUAACUUCAGGGUCAAUUUUGGAUGAAUUGGGCAACAAUAGCAGGUGUUUUGUUCACAAAUUUAAUCAUGAAUAAAGUUGAAAUAGAUUGAACUGGUGGCCAUAACAUAAAUGUUUAGGAUCGUGCUAGUGUCUUGAAGAGUCCUGUGUUUCUAUGUUAAGUAACACUGAAGUAAUACUGCUGUUUGAAGAAAAUUUUGAAAUGGGAAUAGAGAAAGGAAAAACAGCAGCUCCUGCCUCUUUGCAGCUUCGUGGCCCUUCAUCAGUCAUCAAAUUCUCAACGUGAAACCGUAUAAAAAGUAUUGUUUGUGACAUUCUAUCAGGUAUCGAUGUGGUAAUUGUCUCAGGUGUUUUGAGAUUUGGUUCAGGGGUUUUCAUUGGUUGUUUCAGUGUGUCUUUAGAUAUAAGAUGUAUAGUUUCGUACUGUGAAUUUAACACCUGACGAAGGUCCGUGACCAAAAUGUUGUGUCUCUUGUAAACUCCGUGCAGAAACCUUUAUCCCUUUGUUACACAAGAUCACAUUUUCCUACACACCUGUCCACCAGGUGUGCAUUAGACAAUACAAUACUCUUAAAAUGCUCAACCAGUCACCCAUUAUUCAGCAGCAGCCCUGAGGUGUAAGCCCAGUUGUUGAAAUGAUGCAUAUUCACUCAAAAAGGGUAAAAACUUAAAGCAGUUCAACAAUAUUUGAAUAAAACCCAGUUUAGUCGACCACGGCCCCUCUGACUCAGAUACAUCUUAAUUUAGGAGGAAAUCACAGAACCUACGGUAUAUUUUAUGAAUGUAACAAUGCAACACAGGUUGAAUAUCUAUAAAAUGUGCAAUGUUGUCCAGCAACAAACCAAAAAAAGACGCUUCCUUCUGUUUCCAAUGGCUUACAAUGCAAAUGUCUCUAAAGUGUCCUCAUACUUUGUGAUGUUGUGCCGACAUUAAUCUGACUACCUUCAGAAAAGGAGACAAAUGUUAACGACUUAAAAUAUUGUAGCACACUCCAAAUUACUUAAAUAUUUGUUUUGGGCCAAACAUUUUUAGAAAAGCAUAUAGGCAUAUAAAAGUUGGUUUUAAGUUCUGUAAAUAGUUACAGAAAAUGAAAUAUAGAUAUUAUCCUACAACUUUAUUUUCUUACCUACAUACAUAGCACUAUAUAUUUUAUUUUACAUUCCACAGCUAUUUUGUUUUACAAAAGUAAAAAAGAUUAUAUAAAAAGAUGCUUUAAAGUUUUGAAAUUAAGCAAUAUUUCCAUAAAACUGUAGUACGAUGAAUAAUAUGCCACAGGAUAUGGAGCUACAGUAUAAAUGUGAAUUGAGAGACAAACAUAACAUAGACAAAUGAGUGACUGAAAAAAGCCUGAAUAUACUAUUUAUGUUUAUAUUUUUGUGACAUCGCAUGGUGUAUUUUCCUUUAAAUGUAUUUUACUCAUUUUAAAAGAAUAUUUUAAACUUACAGGCUACCAGUCUGUUGACUUUAUCCUGCUAGCUUUAAUGAAGCGGAUCAUUUAUUUAGACUAACUCUGGUUUAAAUAAGUUAUCUUAAAAACACAUUUGCCUUCAUACUGAAUCACUAUACAUGCCCACAUUUGAAUUGAAACUUGCUAUUUAAAAGGUAAAAUGUCUUAAAGAUGCAAACCAUUGUCUCCACAGAGGUAAAAAGGUUCAUAAUGAUGUCAAGCACUUUUUGUGCCAGUGUUACUGUAGCGUCACACACACACAUACACACUCAAAAGCAUUAGUAUUUUAACAGUGAGCUUAAGUUUAAGUCUUAUUGUUAGCCAAAGCAGCUGAAUAUGGCUUUAGAAGAAGAGAAAAAACAAAAGACCUCCUCUGGUUUUUUAUUAGUCCAAAUAUUACGCCAUUAGCACAAGACUAACUUCAGCUCGCCGCUGUACUGGCGCUUUUGAUUCAAAACUGGGUCAAAGUCAUAGAAUAAAUGUUGGUUCGCAUGGCUCUUCUUGUUUAAUGUUGUUAAGAAUGUGCUUUGUACACCAGCUGUGUCUAACAAGACUCUCCCCUUAAUUUGUCUGAGCAUUUAUUUGCCUGCGUAUUUGUUCCUGGUAAUAAACAACAUUUCCCCUAGACGCAGUGGAAACAUGCAUGGGAUAUUCAUUCGAUUUCAAAUCCACAGGGGGGAUGAACUUUUGCUAUAAUUUUUUCCUUUGAUGAGAACAUGUACAAUGUACAAAAUUUAUAUAUAUAUAUAUAUAUAUGAAAUAUAAAUUAUACAUGGUGUGAGAAGCAGGGGUGUGGUGGAGUAUAACAACAAAAAGGAAUGUUACACUCGUGCUACAGUUUCUGUCGUUCCAUGACAUGCUUUUGUGGACAGCUAAUAAACGACCAGAGUUUAAACCAUAAAAA